UUAGUUAAUCAAAGUAUUAAUUUGGAUAAGGAAAUUGAGAGGAUAGAGAGAGAGGGAAAAAAAAAAGAACAAAAUGAUCGAUUUUGGAAUUUGACUUGGGAAUAUGAACGAAUCAGAAGAAUUUGGUUAAGAAAUCCGAUGAUGUUCUUCUGGAUGAAGAACAAUUCGUGAAAUCGCAACCUUUUGUUCUUCUCAGAGCCCCAAUUCCUUUCCAGUAAAUCGAUUAUGUGCAUUCAGGUUUUAUUCAUUUUGGCGUUCUUUUUUUGAAAAAUGUUCUGUUGAUUUGGUUUGAGGAUUUCGGAAGUGUUUGUGGUGGAUUUCUAUCGGUUUGGUGAUAGGAGUUUAUUGCAAUCAUAGAAUUGAAAGGUUUCACAACGGCGUCGGCUGUGGAAUUGCGUGGUUCUGACUGUUUGGAAGGUCUGGAGUGCUUUCUUAACGUUAUUAGGGCCCUCGGAAUGGGAUCAUGCCUCUCUGGGGACCGCAACAAGCGCACCAUCCCUUAUUCUGAGAUUGCUUCCACUUCUCGUGAUGAUGGCGUUAUUACCCGAAGGAACUCCAAGAGGAAGAUUGCGAGAAAAGGUUCUUCUCCCUCUAAUGACUCUUCAAGGGAGAUGUCGCUUCAUCGAGUUCCUGGCCGGAUGUUUUUGAAUGGAACAACUGAUCAUGCCUCGCUCUUUACCAGGCAAGGCAAGAAAGGCACCAAUCAGGACGCUAUGAUUGUUUGGGAGAAUUUUGGUUCAAAAGAAGAUGCAGUAUUUUGUGGAGUCUUUGAUGGGCACGGUCCCUUUGGCCAUAUGGUUGCAAAGAAAGUCAGAGAUUCUCUUCCUCUGAAACUGAGUGCUCAGUGGGAGUUGGUUGCUUCCAGAAAGGAAGGGCAAAAUGAUGCCAGAUGUCAAGUCUCUCCACCAAUGCUGGUUAACAAGGACUCUGGAACCUCUCAUUGUGAUCCUGGUCAUCAGGGCAGUCACAAGGACAUUUCUAUCAUGCUGAAAGAGUCUUUUCUAAAGGCUUUUAAGGUGAUGGACAAGGAGCUUAAACUACAUCCAUAUAUUGAUUGCUAUACCAGUGGUACAACAUCAGUUGCUUUGGUGAAACAGGGUCGGGAUCUUAUCGUAGGAAAUGUUGGGGACUCAAGGGCUGUUUUAGGUACCAGAGAUACGUCUAACUCUCUCGUUGCAGUUCAGUUGACUGUGGACCUCAAGCCAAAUCUUCCAAGGGAAGCUGAAAGGAUCAGACUUUGCAAAGGAAGAAUCUUUGCUCUUCAAAAUGAGCCUGAGAUUUUUCGGGUUUGGCUUCCUAACAAUGAUUCUCCUGGGCUUGCUAUGGCCAGAGCUUUCGGAGAUUUCUGUUUAAAAGAUUUUGGCGUGAUAGCCGUUCCUGAUGUUUCUUAUUGUCAUCUUACUGAGAAAGAUGAGUUUGUGGUACUGGCUACCGAUGGGGUUUGGGAUGUUCUCUCAAACGAAGAGGUUGUGGCAAUUGUUGCAUCAUCUUCGAGAUCCUCUGCAGCUCGUGUUCUUGUGGACAAAGCUACUCGAGCAUGGAGAUUAAAGUACCCUACUGCCAAGGUGGAUGAUUGCGCCGUAGUCUGCCUGUUUCUGGACUCUAAUGAGAAUACUGCAGUGAUAGCUAAAGAACAGGAGUUCACCAAGGACAUGGAAACUUAGUAGUUCCCUCGACCUGCUUUUGUCCCGAUUCUCUCUCCCGAAACCUUCGAUUGCUGCUUCAGGCGAGUUUUGGAAAUAAUGUUUGUUUUAUUAUUAUGCUCAUAUUUCCUCUUCAUUCUUUAAAUCAUUGAUUGAUAUAUAUAUAUACAUACACACACAUGUAUAUCUCUUUGAUCUGUUUAUAAUGUGUUGGGGAAGAAUACUGUUGGUGGUCAAUUGCCGCCUUCGCGUUGUAGGUUUUUCAUUUUGUGUCCUCUCUCUCCUUUUUAUAGAAGAGAUAUUUGGAAGCCUUGAUUUUUUCAUUCUCCUUCCAAGUUAAUAUGUGGGGCGGAGGAUUUGAACCUCCAACCUCUUGGUCGAUGAUGUAUAUGUGUUAGCUAGUUGAGCUAUACUCAAGUUGGCGUUUUGGAAGCCUUCAUUGGUUGUUUGUCUCUGAAAAAUAAUCUAUAUAGAUUUUUACAGAUUUCUCGUC